CGUUACUACUAUUAAAUUACACUUGAGUAAUGUUUACGUCAGAAAAUACGUUCUCUCUUUAAAUAACGCGAGGGUGAAAUGCUUACACUUUUGCUCCCGUAAUUUUUUAUUUACGCUUCUAUAUAAUUUAGUACAACAUCCCUCCUCACGUAAAUGACGCCAGAACGUGAAUAUUGUGGAUCUUCGUCACAUGGACGAAAAGGCUGGAAGCAACGUGGUUGAAGUAGGAGUCGACCUUUCAGAAUUUUACAAGUCUGUAGAAUGGGACAUAUUAGAUGUGCCUGCAGUUAGAAACGAAAAAUUCUACACGUGUUGUGAUGAGCCUUACCUAGAUAUUACAUUCAACAUUACGAUGAGACGAAAAACGUUAUUUUAUACGGUGAACAUCAUAAUUCCAUGCAUGGGGAUAUCCUUUCUUACAGUUGUCACCUUUUAUUUACCAUCCGAUAGUGGAGAAAAGGUGACAUUGUCGAUAUCGAUCCUUAUCAGUCUACACGUCUUCUUCCUGCUAGUUGUAGAAAUUAUACCACCAACAUCCUUAGUCGUUCCGUUACUUGGGAAAUAUUUAAUAUUUGCCAUGAUUUUAGUAUCGAUAAGGAUUAGAGCGCAGUUCGCAGCGAUUUAUAAAUAUGGUUCAUAA